ACAAACAAACCAAAUAACAUGUAUCUUUAUAACUUAACAGUACAGAAGCCUACAGCGAUAUAUCAGUCGAUAACAGGUAACUUCUCUGGUACAAAGGCCAUCGAGAUAUUGGUGUCACAUGGACGUUCAUUAGAGUUGUUGCGCCCAGAUGAGAACGGUCGGCUCGAUAGUAUACUGUACACAGAGGUGUUUGGCAUCGUUCGAUCUAUAAUGCCCUUCAGAUUGACAAGUGGCACCAAAGACUAUAUAAUCGUCGGUUCGGAUUCGGGUCGCGUAGUCAUUCUCGAGUACAACCCAACGCGCAACAGAUUCGAUAAAGUGCAUCAGGAGACGUUUGGACGUACAGGAUGUCGCCGUAUCGUGCCCGGCCAGUUCUUGGCCACAGACCCACGUGGCCGCGCCUUCAUGAUUGGCGCCGUCGAGAAACAAAAGCUCGUAUACAUCCUUAACAGAGACUCUGCCGCUAAACUGACGAUAUCUUCGCCAUUGGAGGCGCACAAGUCAAACACGAUCCUGUUCUCAAUGUGCGGCGUCGACGUUGGCUUUGAGAACCCCAUCUUUGCCACACUCUCGGUCGACUACAGCGAAGAGGACACCGACUUGGACAGUAUGGAGGACAGCACAGCACACAAGAAGAUGCUCACCUUCUACGAGCUCGAUCUCGGUCUGAACAACGUGGUGCGCAAGUGGAGCGAUCAGGUGGAUGCCACCGCCAACAAGGUGCUGCCAGUGCCUGGCGGUAACGACGGCCCGGGCGGUGUGUUGGUGUGCUCCGAGGGCUUCAUCAGCUAUCGCAAUAUGGCCCACCCAGAGAUUAGAGUGGCCCUGCCACGCCGCUACGGCACACCCGAGGACGCGCCAGGCGCAAUGAUCGUCUCGGCGUCAUCACACAAGCAGAGAGACAUGUUCUUCAUACUGGUGCAGUCCGAGUUUGGCGACCUCUACAAGAUCAGCCUCAAGUACGAGGGCGAGAUGGUGAGCGCCGUCAACCUGACAUACUUUGACACGAUCCCAACUGCAAACUCUAUCACGGUGCUCAAGAAUGGAUUCCUGUUUGCUGCGUCUGAGUUUGGCGACCACGCGCUCUACCACUUCCAGUCGCUGGGCAGCGAUGACGAUGCCAAGGAGAUCACAAGCAUCGACGGCACACUCUACUUCAAGCCACGCGACGAACCACAGAACCUGUUCAAGACGGCGACAAUCGACUCCCUGUCGCCAAUCCUCGACUUCAAGAUCAUGGACUUAGUACGCGAGGAGAACCCACAGUACUACGCGUUGACAGGUGUUGGACAACGAUCAGCAAUGAGGAUACUUCGUCACGGACUGCCCAUCACUCAGAUGGCCGAGACCCAGCUGCCUGGUAUAUCGUCUGGAGUGUGGACCGUUCCACGCGGUCCCAAGGACCCCGUCGACAAGUACAUUGUCGUCUCUUUCCAGGGCGCCACGUUGGUGCUCUCUGUUGGCGAGACCGUCCAGGAGAUUACAGACUCUGGUGUGCUUGCAACAACUACCACACUGCUUGUGCGUGCCAUCGGUGCCGACUCGUUCAUCCAGGUGUUCCCACACGGCAUCCGUCACAUCAAGGCAGAUCGUCGCGUCAAUGAGUGGCGUGCACCGGGCAGGAAGACCAUCUCCCUGGCUAGCUCAAACGCAUCACAGGUGGUCAUCGCGCUCAGCGGUGGCGAGAUUAUAUACUUUGAACUGGACGGCGUUGGAAACCUCACUGAGGUACUCAAAAAGGACAUGCGCAGAGAGAUCAGCGCCAUAGAGAUUGCGCCCGUGCCACACGGCCGCCAGAUGGCAAGAUUCCUAGCGAUCAGUGAUUGGGAGGGACCCGUCAGAGUGCUCUCAUUGGACCGCGACAACUGUUUGAACCAAGUGUCAAUGAUGGAUACGGACAAGGUGCUCGUCGAAUCAUUGGCACUCAUUGAGAUGACUGUUCAGGAGGCCGGCCUAGAGGCCACACACCAACACGGCCAUCAUCAACCGGCCAACAUGCCCACUGGACCCGGCACACUGUUCCUCAACGUCGGUCUGAAGAAUGGUAUCAUGAAGCGAUCAAUCAUCGACUCACUCACAGGUGAGAUCUCAGACACGAGAACCCGCCUGAUUGGAAGGAAGGCUGUCAAGUUUGCCAAGAUCAAGGUCAAGGGUGGCAAUGCAUUGCUAGCCCUUUCCAGUCGCGUAUGGAUAUGCUACUCCAACCUGAACCAGUACACAAUGACACCAAUCUCAUCGGAGGCACUCGACAAUGCAUCUGGCUUCUGCUCCGAGCAAUGUCCCGAGGGAAUCGUUGCUACAAGCGAGAACAUGUUAAAGAUAUUCACUGUUGACAAGCUGGGCCAGAUGUUCAACCAGGUGAACGUGCCAUACAAGUGCACACCAAGGCGAUUCAUUAUACAUCCACAGACACACUACAUCAUCUCGAUUGAGAAUGAGCAUAACUACAAUACCAACAGCGAGGAUGAUGUAAAUAGCAAUGGCAACAGCGAGAAUGGUAGCAGCCACAAUGGAGGAGUGAAACAGGAGAAGAUGGAUACUGAGGCUGAGCCCCAACAACAACAACACAACAACAGGCCACCACGUGCUGGCAAGGGCAAGUGGAGGUCAUAUAUCAGGAUCUUGGACCCAAUCAGCUACAGGACACUCGACCUUGUGCGUUUGGAGCAGGACGAAGCAGCAUUCAGUUUGGCCACAGUCAUCUUCCACGACAAGGACGGAGAGGUGAUGCUCGCCGUCGGAUGUGGCAAGAGAUUGCAGCUGAAUCCACGUCAGUGCGAUGCUGCCACCAUCCACAUGUAUCGCUUCAUUAACAAUGGACAGCGUCUGCAGUUGAUCUACAAGACCGAGUGUGAGGACAUACCAUACGCGAUGCAACACUUCCAAGGCCGUCUGCUGGCGGGUAUCGGCAACAGCCUGCGAAUCUACGACAUGGGCAAGAAGAAGCUGCUGAGGAAGUGUGAGAACCGUACCCUGCCCAACCAGAUCGUCACACUGCACACCCAGGGUGACCGCGUUGUCGUGGGUGACGUACAAGAGUCGUUCCACUUUGUUAAGUACAAGAAGACUGAGAACCAGCUCUACGUCUUUGCCGACGACACAUCACCGCGCUACGUCACGGCCAGCACAAUGCUCGACUACGACACUGUUGCCGGCGCCGACAAGUUUGGCAACAUCUUUGUGGACCGCCUGCCCGCCUCGGUGUCGGACGACGUCGAGGAGGACCCGACCGGCUCGAUGCUCAAGUUUGAGACAGGCACACUCAACGGCGCGCCCCACAAGCUCGAGACAAUCAACAACUUCUACGUGGGCGAGACUGUCAACCAUAUCUCUCGCACAUCUCUGGUCGUCGGUGGCUCAGAGGUGUUGGUAUAUGCCACGCUGACAGGUGCAAUUGGCGCAUUGGUACCAUUCGUCUCAAGAGAGGAUGUCGACUUCUUCUCGACGCUGGAGAUGCACAUGCGCCAGGAGAUGCCACCACUGUGUGGUCGCGAUCACAUGUCCUACCGAUCAUUCUACUUCCCCGUCAAGAACGUCAUUGAUGGUGAUCUAUGCGAGCAAUAUAGUUUGUUGGAUGCCUCCAAACAAAGAGAGAUUGGUGAGCAAUUAUCCCGUUCUCCAUCCGAGAUAUUGAAGAAGCUAGAGGACUUUAGAGCAUCCAGACUACUUUAA